AUGUCCAUGCUGCCCACCUUCGGCUUCACGCAGGAGCAAGUGGCGUGCGUGUGCGAGGUGCUGCAGCAGGGCGGCAACAUCGAGCGGCUGGGUCGCUUCCUCUGGUCGCUGCCCGCCUGCGAGCACCUCCACAAGAAUGAAAGCGUGCUCAAGGCCAAGGCCGUGGUGGCCUUCCACCGGGGCAACUUCCGCGAGCUCUACAAAAUCCUGGAGAGCCACCAGUUCUCGCCGCACAACCACGCCAAGCUGCAGCAGCUGUGGCUCAAAGCGCACUACAUCGAGGCGGAGAAACUGCGCGGCCGGCCCCUGGGCGCCGUGGGCAAGUACCGCGUGCGGCGCAAGUUCCCGCUGCCGCGCUCCAUCUGGGACGGCGAGGAGACCAGCUACUGCUUCAAGGAGAAGAGCCGCAGCGUGCUGCGCGAGUGGUACGCGCACAACCCUUACCCGUCGCCGCGGGAGAAGCGCGAGCUGGCGGAGGCCACCGGCCUCACCACCACGCAGGUCAGCAACUGGUUCAAAAACCGGCGGCAGCGCGACCGGGCGGCCGAGGCUAAGGAAAGGGAGAACAGCGAGAACUCCAAUUCCGGCAGCCACAACCCGCUGGCUUCCUCGCUCAACGGCAGCGGCAAGUCGGUGCUAGGCAGCUCCGAGGACGAGAAGACGCCGUCGGGGACGCCAGACCACUCGUCGUCCAGUCCCGCACUGCUGCUCAGCCCGCCGCCGCCCCCUGGGCUGCCCUCCCUGCACAGUUUAGGCCACCCUCCCGGCCCGAGCGCAGUCCCCGUGCCAGUGCCCGGUGGAGGCGGCACGGACCCACUGCAGCACCACCACAGCCUGCAGGACUCCAUACUCAACCCCAUGUCUGCCAACCUUGUGGACCUGGGCUCCUAGAACUCGGCUCCCGGCACUUGCUUUCCGAGCUCGGUGCGGGGACUUGAGAGGCGGUGCGGGAGGGCGCUAGGUGCUGGAGUCCGUACCCGGUACUAGAAGAGGGCCACGCCACGCCACGCCACGCCACGCAGGAGCAGCAGAACUGGCCAGCGGGACAAAGUGGAGUACUGUCUGCUCGGGGGCCCUUUGGGGGAUUCCUUCUCAACAAGUUGCUUUUGAGGUCCUUUGGAGGCCAGAGACUCGAUCUUGAACCAGGCAAGGGAAUAAAUUAUAAACCACCACCACCCCGAUUUUUCUCAUCUCUUAUCCCUUCUCGUUUCUUUCCUCUGCUUUCUUUUCAGUUUUUUUUUAAAUUCUCCUCUUUCCAUUUCUUUUCUCUUUCCCCUCUUGCUUCUUCUCUUUUUCCCUUUCCUUCUAAAUUUCUAGAGCGAUCUCUCUCUCUCUCUCUCUCUCUCUCUCUCUCUCUCUCUCUCUCUCUCCCCUGAUUUUCACACAUCAUACCCUUAGUCUUCCAGUCAUCUUUUUUGAGUCCUCUCCUUCUCGAACUUUCUGGGAGUCCGUGUGAAGGAAGUUAGACAUCCUGGGCCUUUGGUCCUCAAAGACCCGCCUCCACGCAGUGUGAGCCUAAGGUGCCAGCUUUUUGAUUAAUAAAUGAACAAGAAAGGGCUGCACCCCGGAAGCCCCUGAACAGUCCCAUAUGACUCUCUCUCUCUCUCUCUCUCUUUCUCUCUCUCUCUCUCUCUCUCUCUCUCUCUCUCUCUCUCUCUUUCUCUCUCUCCUUCCCUCUCUUCCUCCCUCCCUCCCUCUCCCUCUUUCCACCUCCCUCGCUCCCU